AUGCCAAACUCUCCGCCCCUGCGGCUGCUGCUGCUGCUUUGGCUGUGGGGACUGCCGCUCCGGAGGGCGGAGACAGGCUCUGAGGGACAGACGUCGGGGGAGCUGUACCAGCGCUGGGAACGGUACCGCAGGGAGUGCCAGGAGACCUUGGAGGCUGCGGAACCGCCAGCAGGUGUCGCCUGUAAUGGGUCCUUCGACAUGUACGUUUGCUGGGAUUAUGCUGCACCCAACGUCACUGCGCGUGCGUCCUGCCCCUGGUACCUGCCUUGGCAUCGUCACGUGGCCACAGGCUUUGUUCUCCGCCAGUGUGGUAGUGAUGGUCAGUGGGGACCUUGGAGAGACCACACACAAUGUGAGGAUCCAGAGAAGAAUGGUUCCUUUCAGGACCAAAGGCUGAUCUUGGAGCGGCUGCAGGUGGUGUACACCGUCGGCUACUCCUUAUCACUGGCCACGCUACUGCUUGCCCUGCUCAUCUUGAGUUUCUUCAGGCGGCUUCGCUGCACCCGUAACUACAUCCACAUCAACCUGUUCACGUCCUUCAUGCUGCGAGCCGCAGCCAUCCUUACCCGAGACCGUCUGCUACCUCCACCUGGCCCCAUGCUAUGGAAUCAGGCCUUAGCCACCUGCCGCACGGCCCAGACGUUGACCCAGUACUGCGUCGGGGCCAACUACACGUGGUUGCUGGUGGAGGGCGUCUACCUGCACCGGCUCCUGGUGCUCGUGGCAGGCUCCGAGGAGGGCCACUUCUGCGUCUACCUGCUCCUCGGCUGGGGGGCCCCCGCGCUUUUCGUCAUUCCCUGGGUGAUCGUCAGGUACCUGUACGAGAACACGCAGUGCUGGGAGCGGAACGAUGUCAAGGCCAUUUGGUGGAUCAUACGCACCCCCAUCCUCAUAACCAUCUUGAUUAAUUUCCUCAUCUUUAUCCGUAUUCUUGGCAUCCUUGUGUCCAAGCUGAGGACGCGUCAGAUGCGCUGCCCAGACUACCGACUGAGGCUGGCUCGCUCCACGCUGACGCUGGUGCCACUGCUGGGCGUCCACGAAGUGGUGUUUGCUCCAGUGACAGAGGAACAGGCCCGUGGUGCUCUACGCUUGGCCAAGCUCGGCUUUGAGAUCUUCCUAAGUUCCUUCCAGGGUUUCCUGGUCAGCGUCCUCUACUGCUUCAUCAACAAGGAGGUGCAGUUGGAGCUCCGCCGCGGCUGGCAACAUUGCCGCCUGCGCUGCAGCCUGGGCAAGGAGCAGCGGCCCCAGCUCUCGGAGCGCGCUUCCCGGGCCCUGCCCUUGGGCUCUGGCCUGGGCGAGAUCCCUGUCGGCCGCGCCUUGUCCUCGCGGACGCUGCCAGGGCCUGGGGAUGAAGGCAGCCGGGUUUUGGAAAGUUACUGCUAA